AUGGUUUAUGCAGAGUGCAUAGAAUUAGGCUUGAUACCACGUGCUAAACUUCUUUUGACAAUUGGAGGAACAUUCUUCUUGGGAUUUGGACCGUUGAUCCUCAUCAUUGUUGCAACUUUUUCUGCUCUUUACUUCUGGAUACAAAGGAGUGAUGUUUUUGAAAUGGCUUUGGAUUUGAUCCUCAGUUUACUGUUGCAGUAUUUUGGACCAACAUUUGUCCAUGAUGCAAGCAAGAUGGCUAUAUCACCCCCACAAUAUGUGGACCCUUACGCACUCCUAGAAGAUGAAAGGAUAUCACAGAUAGCACCUCGUCUAAACUAA